AUGAGCCACUCAGGCGCGGCGCCAGCGGUGGUCGAAGACGCCCUGCGCAUGAUCUCGCUCGUCAGCUGCUCGGCCAACGGCAACGCCGCGCCGCCGGAGGCGCGCACGCCGGCCGAGCUGUUCUGGCCGAGGCAGACGAGGUCCUUCCUCGUGCAUUCACUAUUAAUGUUGAGUGUGAGUCAACAGGCGCGCACGUCGCCCGAGCUGCUCUGGCCGAGACAACGAGAACACCCGAUGGCACCGACCGAUCUUCAUCCGCACUAUGGACUCACCCUGACGCGUGGCAUGCACGAUGCAGGCUACCAGUACAAUCGGCACGUCGGCGCGCCGCUCAGUGUCGACCAGACGCCCCGGCCGGCGACGCAGGAAGAGGUGUGGAGGCACGCGACAGAGGAGCGUUUCGAGGAAUACCAGGCUCUUUGA